GCAUGCAGGAGGCAGCUGAUUGAUGUUUCUCAUCAAUGUUUCUAUUUCUCUAUCCCUCUUCCUUCCUCUCUCUGAAAUCAAUAAAAACAUUUAAAAAAUAAAUUAAGAAAAAGGAAUUCUAUGAAAAGUAACCUUACAGGGUGGUCUGAUCAUAAUUCCUAACAGGGCAGGUCAUGGUGGGUAGUCACAUCCUAGGCAUAUAACUUUUUAGUAAAGGGUUUAUUUCUGUGCAUCCAGAUUAACCUUUGAAAUGCCUCUUUUUAAAACCUUUUAAAUGUGAACCACCCUUUCAGACCCCUCCUCUAAAGUAUAACCAUCCUCAAGGGAGCACAAUCUUCACUAUUCUGUAAUCCAGUCUCUACCUUGCUUUCUCACACUUUCAUGUGAUCUUCCUUGUGUUCCUUCUUUAAUUUUGAAUGCAUAAAAAAAACUGCCAAUUGUUAUUUUGCAGAGCAUUUUAUUUGUAUUUAUUACUAUUAUUUUAUUUUUGCAGAGCAUUUUAGAUCUUAAUCCCUGGCAUCAGUUUUGGCUUAAAUAAACUCAUAAAAAUUCUCUGCAAGUUUGAGCUUUUCUUAUGUCAAAAGAACCCCUAUAUUGCCACCACCCAACUUCAGUCAGUAUAAUUACACCCUAUAGCAGCUAUCCUGCUACCAUGAGAAAAAGGCCAAGAGGAUCUCGGAGUCAUUGACCCUAUCGUCAUUUGACCAAACCAAUGCCAGCAGCCAUCCUCUAGAAUUCUUGUUGAAGCUAACAAAAAUUGGCUCAUCAAUGAACAUUAAAUCUGGUGGGUGAAGGUUUAUUGAGUAACAGGAUAAUUAGUUUCAAAGUAUUUUCCCAUAACUCACUUAUUAACAAGUACAACAUAAUAAAUCAUGCUGGAGAAAUCAUGCUAGCAGACAAUUUUGAUCAGGUUAGCAUAAUCAGUGAUGGAAGAAAUCAACAUUUUAUGCCUCCUGAUAGUUGUAUGCACUGAGAACACCAUCACUCUAUGGUUCCUGUUCCAAAUGAAAUAUUACACAAACAUCAGUUGAGGGGCUUUCUAAAAAUAACUAGCCUAUAAUCUUCCAAAGUACCAAGGUCAUGAAAGACAAGGAAAGAUUGAGGAAUUGUUCUAGACUGAAGGAGAUUGAAUUAGAUGACAAAAUAUAAUAUGUAAUCCUGGGAUGGAUUCUGGAACUUUAAAGGACUUUAUUGAAACUAUAAAUAAUAUUUAGGAAUUACAUGGUAAUAUCAGAUGAAUAUUAAUUUCCUAGUUUUUGAGGUUGUACUGAGAUUAUGUGGAAGAGUGUAUUUAAGAAAAAUACACUGAGGCAGGGAGAGCCACAGGCGCUGGGACCGGGACCGCCAUCGCCGCUGCCACCAUGAGUGAUCAGCAGCGGGACUGUGCCUUGGACUUAAUGAGGUGCCUGCCUCCACAGCAAAUUGAGAAAAACCUCAGUGACCUGAUCGACCUGGUUCCCAGUCUAUGUGAAGAUCUCCUGUCUUCUGUUGACCAGCCACUGAAAAUCGCCAGAGACAAAGUGGUGGGAAAGGAUUACCUUUUGUGUGACUACAACGGAGACAGGGACUCGUGUAGGUCACCAUGGAGUAACAAGUAUGACCCUCCCUUGGAAGAUGGGGCCAUGCCUUCUGCUCGGCUGAGGAAGCUGGAGGUGGAAGCCAACAAUGCCUUUGACCAGUAUCGAGACCUGUAUCUUGAAGGCAGCGUCUCAUCUGUCUACCUCUGGGACCUGGAUCAUGGCUUUGCUGGAGUGAUCCUCAUAAAGAAGACAGACGGAUCAAAGAUCAGAGGCUGCUGGGAUUCCAUCCACGUGGUGGAAGUGCAGAAGUCCAGUGGCCGCACCGCUCAUUACAAGCUGACCUCUACGAUGAUGCUGUGGCUGCAAACCAACAAAUCCAGCUCUGGCACCAUGAACCUUGGAGGCCGCCUUACCAGACAGGUGGAGAAAGAUGAAACGAGCGACUCCUCGCCACACAUAGCCAAUAUUGGGCGCCUGGUAGAGGACAUGGAAAAUAAAAUCAGAAGUGCGCAGAAUGAGAUCUACUUUGGAAAAACAAAGGACAUCGUCAAUGGGCUGAGGUCUGUGCAGACUUUUGCAGACAAAUCAAAACAAGAAGCUCUUAAGAAUGACGUGGUGGAGGCUUUGAAGAGAAAGCAGCAAUGUUAAACCUCUGCUUCACGCUAACCGGACAUGCCAUGCACUCGUUAGAUUCCUUUCUUAGAAAACUUGUUUUCUGCUCCCUUCCCUGUCCCUUUCCUCCCCGACAGGUCACACAACACCUGUGUCACUGACCUGCACAGCGCUAUCACACCCUGAGAAUAAAGCCGCUAAUACCCUCUCUGUCUCUAAGACCUACUUCUCACCACAUUUUGCUAUCAGAACUUGAUGUUUCCAUAGAGACCAUGUGUGUUUUGUUUGCCCAGGCUCAACCCCCCCAUUUAUAGGCAUAAAAUACACUGUCUGUCUGCCUCCCCUUCCCACCAUUUUGUUACAUUGAUAUAAAAAAUGUAAAACAAAAAAAAUUUUAUGAAAUAACUGUUGUGUGAAAGAAGAAAAACUGGAAAUCUGACUCCACGUGUGUUUGGGAGUUGCUUGGGGUUGGGGUGGGGAGCAGGGGACAGCUCUGGGAGGAAGGAGAAGUGGCCCUCAGCACUGUCCUGCACGCUGGCCCCUGGCCUCGGAGACCACGUUGUGGGGGCGGGCGGCCUCGACUGUCUGCUCUUCUGGCCAGGUGCUUUUCUGUCAAUUUUUAUGGAAUGCAAAAGGAGUUUUUGUUUUAUUUUGUUUUUUUGUAAAGCUUAAAAAAAACCUACAUCUUAUACUUGAGCUUCCAUACUUAAAAAAAAAAA